GUCUAUUGAGGUCGUUCGCUGCGAGCUAGCGCGUAAAGUUUGCUGCCGCGAAAGGAUUUUCCUUUGUCCCGAUCUUCGAGGACUUCGCCCUCGUAUUAUGUUUCCGCGCGAGAGCCGCGAUCAGCCUCGGCCCAUUGAAGAGCCGAACCUCAUCCAGCGCAAGUCGCGUAGGAAUUCUAGCAAUAUUCCAAAAUUUUGUGACGGAUAUCCCGCGAAACGCGUUCGCCGGGCAAUUUGAAAUUUCUGUGUGAACUUGUGACAGAGAUCUGUGUGGACGAGAGGACCGCUGUCAGUGUGCGUGCAGUGAAGUCGCGCCGAGCCCCCAGGACCGGCAGCGCCAUGUCGACCGGCAAGAGACUCGCGAAGCGCUCCAUCAUCGGGACGCGCGUCGCCGCGCUCGCCGAGGACGGACUUUACUACUCGGGUAUGAUACAGGCAGUGAAAACGCCGGCGCCGUUUCCGGAGAAUAACAACUGCAUAAACCUGACCCCAAACACUCGGUACACCGUGCGCUUUGACGGCGGAAAGAUGAGUCGUGAGUACCGCGACGCUGAGCUGAUCGGGCCCGGCUUCCGCGGGUUGGUGGGCGUGCGGCUGCAGCCCGGCCAGCGAGUCUUUCUCACGCACAACGGCCGGGAGGUACGCGCGGACGUGCUUCGCCACGACUACCAGACCGACGAGCUCCGCGUUCAGGUUCACUCGCCCACUUCUGAGGCGCCAAUAGAACUGAAGAAGAGACUGGAGGAGAUAAGACUGCUGGAGUCGCGUAAGUCGGCGCGGCUGGCGGACGUCGACACAGACUUCGCGCGGCUGGCUGACAUGGCCGGCGACCGCCGCCGCGCCUCCGCCAACAUCGAAGUGCCUACACAUCACAUGCAAGGAUCUCGUAAACGGGGUCCGAGCAGUUCAUGCGACCAGGGCUACGGCGAGCGCGAUGACCAAAUGAACGAGUGCAAUGCAGCCCUUGUUCUCAUGUCUCUCAGCUGUUCACCCAACUCACCACGACCCAGUGCGUGGGGCGGGCGAUCGUCAGUAUCUCCUGGUGCCAGCAGCAGCUCAGGGUCUUCGUGGCGCAGCGGGACCCCCUCACCUCCGCCUGUCUCCUCCUCAUUCAGUGAUGAAGGCAUCGCCAUGGACUACGAGGAGUUACAUCCUCGCAAGAAAAGGAUAAACAGCGUUGUAUUUGAGUGCACAUGGCGAGGUUGCGGGCACACCACCAACAGUUGUUCAUCUAUUGAAGCGCACAUUAGGAACACACAUUUGGGGCCAAAGAAAGAGGGCGAGAGCGAUCAUGAGGAAGAGUUCUACUACACGGAGCGCGAGUUGCUAGCGCCGCCGCCACCGCCCACGCUAUCCCACCGUGACAUGUGCCGCCCGCCACACGAGGACCCAGACUACCAGCGUCAGUUGGUCGGCUCUUAUAGGCAAGGACUCCUUUCAACGUUGCAAAAUGGCUCCGCAAGACCUAUAAGUAUUCCAGUAAGCCAUCCCUGGUCAUCAUCUCAUUCACCGAAGCACAUGCGAUUGUCGGGCAUGACCGGCUCGCCCGGCAGCCCGGGCCGGCGACCGCGCUCUGACAACAAGAAGUGCCGCAAGGUGUACGGCAUGGACCAGCGCGACCUCUGGUGCACGCAGUGCAAGUGGAAAAAGGCGUGUACGCGUUUUAAUGAAUAACGCUCGCGCCGACGCACGCACACGCGCGCGCCCUCUCGCAUCACAAAUGACAUUUAAUAAGUUUGUUGUACCCGAACUGUAAACGUGAAGAACCGCGUAAACAAUUCCGUGAGUGUUUGUGUGUCGUCAAUAACCUUAAAUGAAGAUAUUAUUAAAAUGUUUUUAUUAAUUGUAAGGAUAUACGGAGUAUAUACUAUAUAUUGUUUAUUAAUAAUAGGGGAGACAUAUUUUUUUCUCUUUCGAUGUGACUCGUAUUUGACUGCAUUAUGGACAUUGCCCACGUAUUUUUGUAGAGCUGGUCACAGUUGCUUUUUUCGAGAGGCCGAAUUCCCGGCGAUAUCGACUGAAGACUGUGAACAUUAGAAUUAAGCUUUUAGAUCUAAGUUCUGACUGACAAAACAGUGUGAAAACUAUUGUUUAGUAUCGAUGCGCUAUUAUAAAUUUAUUUGCAUAAAUCUGUACGAAUGAUGAAAAUGGAAAUGUUAUAUUUUAAAUUGAUUACCACGGAUGUGCGAGCAAUUAAUACCAGAACUAGAAACAAUACUACUAUAUUCUACUUUAGACUUUUAUAAACUCUAUUUUUGAUACCGAUACAUAAUUUCUAUUUUAUGAAUUUCUCCUACUAGUAUCAACAGAUUUCAAUGCAAACAAAUAUUUAAACGGUUUUAAGAAAAUAUAUGAAGUGACGGACAUAAAUAAACAUACCACUAACACAACCACAAGUUAUUUCUAGAUUGAUAUACGCAAUAGAAUAAUGCAAAAAUAAUUAAUUUUAUAUGCAAUAGAAUAUUAGUAAUGAACUAUUAACUGAUAUUAUUUUUACUAAUAUAGGAGCCUUGUUAAGGGAAAGCAAUGCAAUAUUUAUUUUAUUUUUUAGUAAGGAACAUUGAGGAUUAACAGGGAUGAAAAAUUGAAUGUCGUUAUUAUGAGAGUAAUAAUUAAAUUCCGUCCACUUCAUCGGGUGUGCCGUUGGAGUACAACGAGAAACAAUUUGAUACUUGACAAUGUUUUCACACUGUUGAUAAUCCGAGCGUUCAAUUGGAUGAUUCUCGUCCAGUCGGUUGCAAUCAGUGAUAUUUUAUCACUUCAAGUUACAUAAUGUACCUACUGACUGAAUUAUUAGAUAAUAAAUGAAGUUUAUUGUGUAUACAUAUACACGAUGAAAAUUGAACUUAGCCAGUAAGUAUCUCAAAUUCGACUAAAAGACUACAAAGUUUAGACUUAAAAAUUUUUAUGAACAUAUCUGUACUGUAUACAAGGAAGAUCCUUUAUGAACAAGGAGAGAAUACUCAACAUCGCUCACGACGCGCAUUUUGUUAGGGACACAAUCGCCAUCUGUCACAUGCGUUGUAUUUGUUGACCACAAGCACCGACGGAUUGCAAACGCUUUGCACGACGAAACAAACAGCGCCCAAGACGGAAUCUAAUCGGAUGCGAUUGAAAUUUGUAACGAACGUGUAUCAGAACUUCGUGUUUGAUGCACUAUUACAAAGACUAGCGGAUGGUAUCCAGUAGCAGAGUAGAAAUUAAAUCGUGACAUGUAUUUGUCAUGGGAUAUUAAAGAAAUGUGUCAUGCAAAUAUAAAAAACUUACAGCUUUGGCUCUCGAACAACAUUGGAUUUCCAUAAGAUGCCUUAAGAUGACAUAAUGUGAUACCGAGCUGUAAGAAGUCGGAGAGCGGAAAGUAAUCCAGCGAGCGAGUGCUGCGCCUCCGUGCCGCAAUAUUAGUCCUUAAGUAUAAAGUAUAUUGUGUACAUACAUAUUUAUAAUCAAAGUUAUAUAUUAUACAUGUAUUUUGAAAUGAAAGCAAUGUUUGGAUGUGUACAUAUAAGAAUUUUAUUAAAAUAUUAUUGUUAAAUAAUGUGAUCAUUAAUAUCGAAAUUGUUUUAUACGAGGUCGAGAUACAUUUUAAUAUAUAUAAUAAUAUAUAAGGAGUUUAAGUCCUGUAUAGUUUUAAGUGAUAGUUAAGGCGCUGACAAGUGCAGCGUUUCUUGUCAAUCGUAGUUACCAAGCAUCGGCGUUGUAAUAUACAGAACAUGUUGUGUUUAUAAGUAAUCGUAAUAGUAUCCAUUAGUCUCCGAUCACUCAGGCCUCCAAAGCGAACUGAAACCGAAGCGAACCACUAAUGUUGACAUGAAUCUAGCAUGGAUAUGGUUUUAUGUUCCAGUGAACGUUCCAUUAUUUCGCUUUCUUUUCAUGUCUUUGAGUGUUACUUUGUCUCGGUUCCUGUUCGCCAUCGCGGCUGUGUGUUCAUAGGCCUUACAUACGGUUCACGUAAAUCGGAAUGUGCCAAUCCAAAAUAACAGAUCCAAUAAUGAUAAAAUCGCCCCAGGCAUAUGUCGUUGCGUAUUCUUUUUGUCUAUACUCGGUGCUCUGCAAACAAUGUUCACGCACAUACAAAUACAUAUUUAUAUCGAUAUUUUUUUCUAUUUAUACACGGGCAUUCAUCUUAACAUAGCCAUAAAUCAUAAUAUUAGUAAUUUUCAAC